GAUUGAUAGCUGUGGACUUGUGCUUGCCCCAAAUGGAUGACUGUGCUGUCCUCUCUACCAAAUUUGAGUGACACCGGGCGACGACCAUUGAUCAUAUCAUUAGGAUUGUUACCCAUUUGGACUACCUAUGCCCUCGAAAUAGCUGAUGCACAUCACCUGCAGCGGCAGCGUGCAGAUGCAGCAGCCCGCCGCCAAUCCGUGCGUGCCGUUCUCCUUUUCGGCUCCCCUGCCCCGUCGAGUUCCCCUGCUCCAACUGCCGGGGUCCAAAAUGAAAACCUCGGACCCGGGCAGAAAGACAGGACCUCCUGGCCAGCCGAGUCGCUGCGGGUUGUCGUGUCUGCUCGGUGGCUCAGCUGUGGCGACCUGUGGCGUCCGCGUCCAGCGGUGUCCAACUGCGGGGCCCUGAAUCUCGCACGCCCUCCCAUUCGCGAACAUCGUGCACACCGGCGGCCGCUGUCCCUGCUCUCCAACGCCGGGGCAUGUCAAACUUACCGCGGGCCCUGCUCUGCCUCCCCGCCUCCAAGUCGCUCUUUCGCCCCGCGCCCUCUAUCAGCCUGCACCGCCCCGUCCCGUCCUUCAGAAUGGCCUCGUCGUCCUCCCCCGCCGACCGCCGCCCGCUGGUCAUCUGCGGCCCCAGCGGAGUCGGCAAGGGCACCCUGAUCAAGAUGCUCUUCCAGCGCCACCCCGACACCUUCACCCUCUCUGUCUCCCACACCACCCGCGCCCCGCGGCCCGGCGAGAAGGACGGCGUCGACUACCACUACGUCACCAAGGAGGCCUUCAAGGAUCUGAUCGAGCAGGACAAGUUUGUCGAGCAUGCCCAGUUCGGCAGCAACAACUACGGCACCAGCAAGGCUACCAUCGGGGAGCAGACGGCCAAGGGCCAGGUCGUCGUGCUUGACAUCGAGAUGGAGGGCGUCAAGCAGGUCAAGAAGUCGAGCAUCGAGGCCCGCUACAUAUUUGUCAGCCCGCCCUCGGAGGCCGAGCUCGAGAAGCGCCUGCGCGGCCGCGGCACCGAGUCCGAGGACAGCGUCCAGCAGCGCCUGACCAGGGCCAAGGAUGAGCUCGCCUGGUCCAAGACGACCGAGUUCGAUCGUGUCCUUGUCAACGACGACCUGGAGAAGACCUUUGCCGAGCUCGAUGAGUUCGUCUACUCUGCGCCCAAGGCAUGAGAUGUGCGAGAUAUCAUUACAACUUCUGCGCCGGGUCGGACUGGUAAUAUCAAUUAAGAUAGAAUCUAUGGUCAUACGACGAUAUGCAAAGCGGCAAAACAAUAGACUCAUCCUUGGCCUUUUUUCAGCGUACUGUCACCCCACCUUAGCAUUGGAUCCAAGCGUAGCUGUCCACGGACAUUGGCGGAGUA